GGAUGACUUGGUCACCCCUUGAGCAAAUAGCUUACGGGUUUUGUAUUUUUCCAUUCAAUCCAGCUGAUGGGGAUCAGAAAAGUAACCCUCAUCAAAUACAGUUGGAGACUGGUGAUGAAAUUUACGCUUUCGAACAAAUACGUGAACCUGGACAACCUAUUUGGUACCGAGGAUACGUAGUUUCUACUUCUAGAUAUCCACUCUCAACUCAAACUUCGUCUAAUAUAUCGCAAAAUCCGACUACAAUUGAAGAACCUCAAGUCUCUAUUGGUAUCUUCCCUUCAACUCAUGUUAGAAUACGACAAAUGCUACCUGAUGCUGAGGGUAGAUUAGCUUCUACCUACGUAUCCUUCCAAUCAACCGCCAAACAAUUCCCUCAAAGAGCAGCCGCUGCGGCUAUCUCACGUACACCUUCUUUCGGUAAAAUGGAGACACUUGAAGAAGAAGAAGAAGAAGAGGAGGAUUUAGAUAAGGCUACUUCACAUUUAGAUUUUAAUGACUAUACCCAAUAUGAUCAUAAGCUGAACAAACCCGAGAAAAAAGUACCUGAUAAUAGGCCUCCACCUCCAUUACCUUCACUAAAAUGCGGUGAUGAAACCAGCUUUGGUCAUGAUGAACCCCUCAUUGACGAAAUUGCGUGUGCUUUGAGGGAAUAUUUCACAGCUUUACAUGCUUCAUUAACUAGAGGCAAUUAUUCACUCUUUGAAAAGAUCAAGAACAACAUUAACGCACUCAAUUAUGCAAGGAUGCAAUUGUUACAACAAUCUUCUACUCAAUCUGAUAAUCAAGAAGAUUUAAAUGACCUCAGAGCUAGAGCCGUUGAAAGAUUAGUUAAAGCAAACGUCGAUUUAGGCUUAGAUGUUAUCGUAAGGCAUCCAACUACAGGAGCACUGGCAAAUAUCUCAAACGAUGGUAAUGAUGUAGAUAAAAAGGCAUGGAUUUCAAGUAUAAGAAUGUAUGCUCAACAAGUCGAAUUAGCUUACAUUAAUUCACCUGUUGUUCAUUCUGGUGCACCGAUAUCUCAACCUUCAUUAAAACCUUUACAUCAAUCAAGAUCUAUAUCCAAAUUAACAGAACCUCUUUCAAUUAAUCGUAAUCAAAGGUUUUCGACUAUUAAUCAACAAGGAAAUACCUCUUCGAGUGCAAGUGAUUGCAAUGAUUUUUAUCACGUCUAUUUCAACCUUAGAUCUUUUAAUGCAAGUCCGUGUUACGUUGGCGAAACUGUCGAAUUGUUCUUCGCAUUAUAUUCUGCGAACCAGGGAAGGUUCUUAACAGAAGAUCAUGUCGUCGUUCUCGACCACAACGGUUUACCUAUAUACCGUAAUGGGGAAUCUGUAUGUACUUUAUUCAAAGAUUUGUCUAAAGUAGACGUCAGCGAUAAUUUAUUUCUAGUCUGCAAGAUUAUAAGAAAUGGUUUAUUGAAAUCACCACUCAAUUUUGACGAUUCAGCCUCAGCUUCAUCAAAAAAGUUUUUAAGAAGACCAUUUGGCUGCGCCGUACUCAAUUUAGGUCAAUUAUCAACAAAGUCUAAUAAGGAUAUGAAUGAAGCGGUACAAUAUUCAAUGCCUAUCUAUGUACCAUCUUCAAAUUCCGGCGUGGCAGGUGAAAAUCUUUUCGCAAAUUUACAUCAAGAUAUUAUAACCAAUAACGUCAAAGUAUUUGAUACCUCGACAAGGGCAACAGAUAUUUCGGUAACAGUUAAAUCAUUCCAUGGCGCAUUCAACCAAAUGUUACGCGAUCAUUCCGGUGUUUUAAACAAUGUUUUUCCGACUGCAAGAUUAGGUUUCAGUGAUGCCGUAUUUCCAGCGGAUAUACGAAACGAUCUUUACUGUAAACUGUGGUCGGGUGAUUUCACUUCGACCUUGACUAAUCCAACAUCGAGGUUAAGUUUGCUUUCAAACAAUAACUCAAACACUUGGAAAAACAUUCAAGUCACGGUUGAAGCUAGACGAAAAGAUGGUAGUAGAAUUGAGGAUUGUUUUACUGGUGGUACUGGUGACAAAUUACAAUCAGUUUGGGAUUUCACAGUCUUUGCUAAUAAUUCGCAACCAACCUGGGGUGAAAUGAUCAAAUUAACUAAUGUAUCAGCUCAAGAAUUUUUGGACGUUCAUUUGUAUUUCACAGUAAGAAAUAAGUCGAGCAGAGAAAGGGAAAAUUCCAACAUCAAUAAGGAGAAGCUGAAAGAAGAUAAAGAUGAAAAUGUAACGGAACCACCGUUUGCUUGGGGUUAUUUACCCAUUUUCAAUGAAGGUCAGGCCUUUCUACCUGAUGCGUCACAUACUUUGCAGUUAUUUAAAUGCGUUGGAGACCCACCAACAACUGCGUUUUACUUGAACAAUUCAACGCCUACAGUUACGCCAGGAAGCAAGAAAGAGAGGAUAUUCUCUGGAGGCUCAUUACAAGGUAAUACUGGCACUGGUACCGCUACCCUUGGAAGUCCAGAUAACACAAUGGGUGUCGGUAGUCCAAGUUCACCUAUGGAAAAUUCUAGAUUAAGACCACUUCGUGACACAAUUUCAAUACGUACUUUCCUUUGCUCAACAUUAUUCACUCAGAAUCCUGUUUUAUUAAAAUUAUUAAGCUGGGAACGUGAAAGAUCAUAUCAAAUUCAAUCUCCAACAGAAAUCGAAAAUGUUUUAUCUCAAUUACCUUUCGUUGGUGAACCGGAAAUCGUUAAAUUCCUUGCCGAAACGUUUGAUGCCAUCUUUGGUAUAAUGGCCUCAUCUAUUAAUGAAGGUGAUAAAUUUGAUCAUUUAUUAUUUAACGCCUUGGUUAAGGUUCUAGCAAUAAUACAAGAUAGAAGGUUCAACCAGUUUGGUACAGUAUUAGAUGUUUACAUCAAUGAAAACUUCAUCUGUGGACCAGCUUCGUCGCAUUUAAUGAGAUCAUUACAAAGACUAUUAGCUAAACCAAGUGAUCCAUCAACCGCUCAACAGUUACAUGCAGCCUUAAAAGUUUUACCUUUCUUAGUUAGAUUCAUCGUGAGAUCUAGAGAACUUCAAAGGGAAAAGAGUGCAGGUUUAGACGUAACUUCCGGUCACCUUGAAGACACAUUUAAGAAAGAGUUAACGAAUGUGCUUGGUGGUUUAAUCAAACUAAUGGAGAUGUCUAGUCCAAGUUCAAUAAUUGGUACACAAACAUUAGCCUUAAGACAUUUUGCUGGCUGCUUGCCUGAUUUAGAGAGAAUAUACCCAUCUGAAGAAUUAGUUGAGCAUGUUAUGGCUUUUGCAGAAGCCUGUAGAGCUACUAAAGGAAAGCUGGUAGUUUACAUUUUACUAAAUUACUUGCAUAUAGCAAGAAGUGGAUUAUUUGAUAAACCAGGUACAAGAACAAUACUCGUACCGACUCUCAUUAGAUUAGUCAAGCCACAUUUAGGACCAUACGAUGAGUAUCAACAUGUUAAACAAAAAGAUCCUCAACAUGUCAAAGAUUCUGCUAGGAUUGCUUGGAUUGAGUGCCUCAGGUUAUCAGUCACAAUUUUAGCUACAAUGUUGGAUAAAUUACAUACAGCCAUAGUUGAUCCCGCAAUUAGUGCAAGCAGAACACUUAGUAGACAAGAACAAGAUAAUGUUGAAGAUAUAAUGAGUUUGUUACCUAGAUUACUUGAAUCUUAUCACGAAUUGAACUCUGAUGCAUCUUAUGAAGCAAUUAACAAGCAUAAUUCGCCUUCAACAACAGUUGCAUCUAUACCAACAGUCUUCCCUGCUACUUAUCCUUUCAGUUUAUUAUCAGAGUUACCAUCAUCCUUGAAUUCAAAUAGUGGUAAAUCAUCAAUUUCAUUGGCUCGUAAUAACCAUUUUAACUGCGGUCUGGGAGAAAUCGCUUCUGUUAUUCUAGUCAUUAUCCAAUUAUUACCUCAAAAGCGUAUACUUGAUUUCAUACAAGAACAUUCAGAAAUUGAAGGUGAAAAGAAUUUAACAAGAUUUUUAACAAAUAUAUUUAGCUUUUCUAUUGGCGUUUUAGAUCAUAAGGAUAGUGGUAUAGACGAAAAAUUAAUUCCAUGCCCAUAUCCUCCAAGUUGGUUAAACAUUUCAAUUUUUGCUCACCGUAUGGUACUCAAACUCGCUGAAUCAGUCUCAGUUGUCAUGGAGAAACAAUUUGUGCCUUCAAUAGAUUUCGCAAAUGAAUUCAAUAGAAAUCUUUGGAGGGUUUGUUUCGAAAUGUAUAUUAGGUUGUUAGCAUCGAAUCAACUAAUUAUCGAGGAACAUACUCCACAGAAACGCAGAGCUGUUUGGAAAUUGGCGGGCGAUUUACGAGGUGAAGGUGCACAGACAUUCACUAAGCUUUGGAAUGCUAUCGGUUGGCCAGAUAGCUCAACUGGAUUGACUAGAUAUGGUGGUUUUCAAAUUCAAUUCCCAGAUUUAGUUGCUGAUUUGUUGGAGUUAUGCUUAUCGCAUCAUGAUGAGCUUAGAAACCAUGCAGUUGGAAUCUUACAUUCUAUGAUUAUCUCAGAGCAUCAUUUAAAUGGCCAGUUUAGGGCAAUCGAAGCUGAAAUUAUUGAUAAAUUAGAUAAACUUUUUAUGGAUGGUACAAAGGGCGACGAAAUCUCAAGAGCUUUCUUCGUUAGUGAAUUAAGGUCGCUAUUCAACACGUCAACAACAGAUGAAACCCUCAAAAAAGAUGUGUCUAGAUUUCUAGAUUCAGUUGACUACUUUCUUGAAUUACUCUUAUCAAUAAGGCAUCUACCUGAUAGUCAAGAGUUUGAAGAUGAUCGAUUGGAAGCCACACUCAAGUUGAUGACAUUUAUUAAAAGUCUUAGAGAGGAAAUAUAUGUUAAAUACUUGCAUGCUCUGGUCCAUAUGCAUCUAAGAUCACAUUCAUACGCCGAAGCCGGUAUGACAAUCAAGCUGCAUGCAGAUAUGUAUCAAUGGGAUUCUUCAGCGAUGCUGGAAGCUUUGCCUGAUCUGAGCUUACCAAAACAAUCUCACUUUCAAAGGAGAGAAACUCUUUUGGCUCAUUGCAUGGAGUAUUUAGCUGCCGGGAAAGCUUUUGAAAUUGCAAUUGACAUUUGCAAAGAUCUUACAUAUCAAUAUGAAUUUAAAACUUACGAAUACCACAAGUUAGCUGAUAUUUUGACGUACCAGGCUUCUCUCGUUGACGCAAUUAUGAAAUGUGAUAGAGAAUUCCCAGAGUAUUUCAUUGUUGGUUAUUACGGUGGAUUCCCACCUGCUCUUAAGAACAAGCAAUUUGUAUAUCGUGGGUUGGAAUUCGAGCAACUUGAAACCUUCAGCAGUAGGAUGCAAGAGAAACAUCCAAGUGCUAAGAUUCUCAGUGCUGGUCACUUUGUUUCUCAAGAUGUGGUAGAUGAUAGUGAGCAGUAUUUGUUCAUUACAUCAGUAUCACCUGAAGUUGACAAAACCUCACCCAUUAUUCAAAAUCCUCACGUUCCAGAACCAAUUCGUAAAUACUAUGAAAACACGACUGAUCUUUUCAGCUAUACACAACCACUUGACAAAGAUUCUAAUUCCAGUCGUGAAGGUAUUGAGGGUGAAUGGAUGGAAAAGACUCUCCUACAAUGUGAAAACCAAUUCCCUUCAGUAUUAAGAAGAUCCGAAAUAAUUGAGAGUAGAACUGUAGAGGUCUCUCCUAUAGAAUUAGCGUUAGAAGAAGUUGAAAUGAUGCGUCAAGAAAUGGGUGUUGUUAAUUCAAAGUUCGAAGUGCAAGUAGAUAAUCGUCACAAUAAGAAGAACCAAGGGAAGCAAAAUUUAAGGGUCGAGUCUUUAUCAAUGGUAUUAAAUAAUGCUUGCGACAUCCCUGUAGACGCUGGUAUUAAUUUCUACAGAUCUGCGUAUUUGAAUAAAAAGGAGGAUAACCCUUCCAGUCAAAGACUUGAAAAGAGUUUAAUAAAUCUUGCUUUAACGAUACGACGAGGAUUGGAUUUACACAAAGUGAUGUGCACCUCAGAAAUGGCACGUUUCCAUAUGACGUUGGAGAAACUGUUUAUGAAGAACUAUUCGAAGGAGAUUGCUUUAUUUCCAAAUGAGAUUAGCGACUUCAAUACUGAAUUUUCCAGAUCGAGUUCAUUCAAAUCCUUUAGCGACAAACAGAAGAGAAUAAGAAAUACGUCAACCAUUACCAGCAGUAGUUCAAUUCAUACGUCUAAAAGUAACAAAGCUUCACUUUCAUUACCAAAAUUAUCAAGCUUUAAACCAUCAAAACAGCGCAGCUCAACUACUGUAGAUCUAGAAUACAAUCCUGCAACUCCUAAAUCACCUACGUCUUCAGUUAAAUCUUGGACACCAAAACUACAUAGAUCUAGAAGUAAAACUGAUGAACCACCUCGAUUGAGUUUGGGAAAAUUCGAUGAGGAAGGUUUCAGUCGUCUAUUUGCUAGGAAAUAAGUUCUUAUCUGUAUUCAC